AUGGCGGUCGACUCUGGCCUCUCCGCUGCGGGGAGCAGUACUUACGCUUCGAAUACUCUGCAUGUCGGCGAUGGAACAUGGGACUCGGAGCGCGACACAUUCCUCCUCCCUAAUCUGAUGGGUAUCAACUUCGACACAAUGCGAUACAACGGAAUGGGAAACCGAUUCAAAGAUAUGCCCGAGUACCAUACCCUCAUAGCCGUUCACGGUAUCAUCGCUACUAUCGUCUUCCUCUUCCUCGUCCCAAUCUCUGUCUUGAUCAUCCGAUACUACUCUCGAUGGAAUCCUUUCUGGGCUUUCAAGCUGCAUGUCUGGUGCCAAGUCCUGACAUUAUUGCUCAGCACCGUUGUGUUUGUGUUCGGUUGGUUCGCUGUCGGUCCAAAGAGAAGCCUGACAAACCCGCAUCACGGUAUCGGGCUCGCGAUAUAUGUCCUGGUGAUCUUUCAAGUUCUGUGGGGCUGGCUUGUUCAUAAGAUCGAGAGGAACAGGAGGAGUUAUCAUGUCCCAUUGAAGCUUGUUAUUCAUCGAUGGAUUGGACGCGCCCUCGCAAUCCUUGGUCUUGUUCAGAUACCGCUGGGUCUCACCCUUUAUGGCUCGCCUAAGGUGCUCUUUAUUCUCUACGCGAUCGUCGCCUUCAUCCUCCUCGUAGUGUUCUUCGUGCUGUCAUAUCUAUACGACACAGAAGGGUAUCACAUGGAGGGCGGCGGAUACGAAAGUCGGCUCAGCUAUGUCUCAGGGCCCUCAGCUGCCGAUGACCAUGGCCAUAGUAACCUCGGACCCAUGGCUGCCGCAGGGGCGACCGGGGCCGGCCUAGCUUCGCUCUUCAGACGUCGUUCCAGAGGCAGACCACACGAUUACGACGAAUCGCAUACCAGCUUCUCAGACGAAAAGCUUUCCGACGAAGGCCCACGGCGUGGUGGCAAAGGGAACUUACUUCUAAAAUUAGGUGCAAUUGGCGGUGGUGCCUGGCUCGCAAAGAAGUUCUUCGACAGAAGACGCGAACGAGACAACGACACGGAGUCCGGUCGAUACAGCAGAGCCCAUACUCGGAGUGACAGCAUGACCGAAGAAAGCUUGAGUAGACUGGAAGAUGGGCGACGACCGGAGCCAACAGCGCAUACGCCUCUCAACCGUCCGCCGAGCAGGCCUCCUAGUAGACCUCCCAGCCGGCCCCCCAGCAGGCCCCCGAGCAGACCACCAAGUCGACCUCUUAGCCGUCCCCAAAGCCCAGGCUCGUCGUACCUUUACAACAGCACCUAUCUUUCUGAAGCUCCCCGACGCAGGCCAUCACACGGACUCCGAGACGCUUUACUCGGAGCGGGGGCCUUCGCAGCGAUCAAGGGUUUCUUCUCACGCCGCAAAGGUGAUGCAGAACAACGUCGCGUGGAAGAUAUGCGCCGUCGGGAGAUGGAAGAUGAGCGGCUGGCCCGGGCCAACAGCAAGCGACGCUACCCCGGAGAGGGCUAUUACCCAAGACGCGACAGACCGGCAUCAUUCACAGCCACGGAUCUCUCAUCAGACUUCUCCCGGCCACCCCGCGGUCCGCCGCACGGCGAGUCCAUCGUCUCAGCAGCAGGACCCCCAAUGGCAUCCGGAGCAGUAGACGGAGCACGCUCAGACAUACCACCGGCACCAGGGCCACCUAUUCCGCCACCAGCAGCCUCAGAAUAUCCCGGACCAGCAGCAUCUACACAUGGCCCCACGGAGCUCGCAUCAGGAGUAGCAGCCGGAACAGCCCUCGGUGCUGCAUCAUCGGCACAUCGCCGUCGCAGCGCCAGCCGUCACCGAAGCAGCAGCCGACCCAGGAGUAGCAGCCGCCACCGUGACCCCAUCGCAUCUCCCCCGGUUUCCGUCAAAGUGAAAAUGCACAACGACGGCCGCCACGUUACUCUCCGAAGACUAACAGAUGAAGAAGCCGCCGCCAGUCGCGAAGCAAGACGAAGAGAGCGAAGGAACUCCCGCCGUCGCGCCGGCAGUGCAAGCUCACUAUCCGGAAACGAAGGGGGUUCGAACGACCGCUGGCGCCGUGUCGAGGAGCUAGAACGCCAGCAACAGGAGCAGAUGCAACGUGAACAGGCUGCUGCUGCUGCGGCAGCUUCCUCAGCUUUCCCAGCAACUUCCGCCGCUCCAUCAUCAAGUAUGCCUCCUCCUGCGGCGUCAGCUUACUAUGCACCACCGCCUCAGAACGGGAACGGGGGCUAUAUGCCGCCUCCCCCGCCGCCCCCUGUGCCAUCUAGCCAUCCUUAUGGAACAGGGAGUAUCGCGUCUCCGGGUACGUUUACUGGGACGGAAGCGAGCGGGGACUACGCCAGCAAUCGUCGACGAAGACGCGCGGAGAGAGCGCGUGCACGUCAAGAAAGACAACAGCAUGGUGUGGAAUUUACUUGA